AUGAGGACUGGCAGCAGUGCUGGCCACAAUGGCCAGGUCGCUAUUUUUUGGGAUUAUGACAAUUGCUCUCCACCUCCCAACAUCUCUGGUUAUGUGCUCGUUAGUCGUAUUCGAGACUUGGCUCACGAAUACGGGAGCGUCAACCUAUUCAAGGCGUAUACCCAUAUCUCGGAGCAGACCUCUACUCGUUCCCUUGCCUUACGUUCUGAGCUUCAAUCGUCUGGUAUUAGCUUAACAGACUGCCCACGUAACGAUCGCAAGGAUACAGUAGAUCAAAUGAUCAUAGCCGAUGUUCUAACAUUCGCUAUGGACAACCCUUAUCCAACGACAACUACUAUCAUGUUGAUAUCGGGUGAACGAGAUUUCGCUUACACCCUUUCGAUACUGCGUCUUCGCAUGUAUCGGGUAGUUGUUGUGGCUCCUGGUUUACCUGGGUCUCAGAUUAACCUUGAAGCUCAAGCUUCCUUUUUCUUUGAUUGGUACACAAUCAUCAAUGGACAGCAAAAAGGAGAAAAAAAGAAUACAAUACUUCCUUCUCGUCCCAUGGAAUCAUCGACCAGUACCGAGUCGGUUCGUCCGAGACCACACACAGCAUCUACAUACUUUGCGAAACCUCCUGAACGCCACGAAACUUUCCAAUCAUGUUCAAACUUGUUUGAGCCAAAAAAUGCACCUGCGUGCGCGCCUUUUCGGCGUCUAACAUCUGAAGUUCCUAGUUCUAUAACGCAAACACCCGUUCCUGCGACUAUGGUAGAAAAGCCCGCAAAUCGCUUUCCAAUAUUGUUAAACGAGGAUAGCCCUGACAUAGCUUUAAUUCCUUUAUCUCAGCCUUCCCCAAUAAUCGCAACUGAUGCGGACAGCCAAAAGACGAUUUUCUCUGAGUCUGAAGAUACAGCUUCAUUUCCUGCCUCGCAGUCAGGUGAACCUAUCAAUUCCAGCAUGGCCGCUGUUGGAUCUGAAAUAAAUAGAUCCCUAGCUCGAAAGCAGGGGCCUACUGCAUCCCGAGGGUUUCUAGGAAGAACAGCGACUCCGGAAGUUCCCGAGGCCUAUCAGCGUCUCAUACAUCUGCUGGAAGAUUAUAGACUUCGGGGAGAUCAACGACCGUUUCGCUCUGCCAUCGCACUGGGAUUGAUAACGCAGGAUCCCUUCAUAUACCAAAAGGCAGGGUUCCCUAAGUUUGGACCGUUCGUCACCCAUGCAGCCGAAUUAGGGCUGGUCAAGUUGGGCGGGACCGGUGGUACUGCUUGGAUUUCUCUACACUAUAGUUUGCAUGGAAAAAUCAUGUAA